CACGUAAACAAUAAAUUUUCUUAAGUCUAACACAAAUUUUGAAGGAGAAUAAAACCGUUUUACGUUUCUACUGUUAAUACAAGAGUAAGCCACAGUAUAGCUGUUGUCGUUAUAGCUGGGUUUUGUGAAAAAAUCUUGGGAAUUAGGCGUAAAAACGAUCUGUAAAAGGCAUGUGGUCAUUUUUUUCACGAGAUCCUGCAAAAGGAUUUCCAUACGAGGUUGGUGAACGUGUUGAAGGGGUGGGGACAGAAGAUUCGGUAUGGGCAUUACACCAUGGAAAACAAAAGAGCAAUGGACAACCUGUUUCAGUUUUUAUGUUCGACGUCACAUCAAGUAAUGAAACUGUGAAACAAACUGCUCAAGCAUCUGCAAAGCGAUUGAAGACAUUGCGUCAUCCAAAUGUAUUAACGUUUAUCGACAGCUUGGAAACAGACAAGUGCAUCUAUGUUGUCACUGAACCAAUCAAGCCUCUUGAACUUCAUUUAAAAGAAGCUUCACAAAAUGGAAAUAUCAAUGAGUUGGCUAUAUCUUGGGGGUUACACCAAAUUGUGAAAGGUGUGAGUUUUUUAUUAAACUCGGUAAACUUGAUUCACAACAAUGUAUGUAUGUCAUCUAUGUUCGUUGACGCAGCUGGUGAAUGGAAGUUAGGCGGUGUAGACUACAUGUACCCGGCAUCAGGUGAAGGCAGUAACUACCCUCCAAUCAAAAUGUUGCCAGCUUUAGAAAAAUAUGACCCUCCUGAAAAAAACAUGUCUAGCAGCAGAAUGAAAAAAUCAAAUAAAUGGUCAGCAGAUAUGUGGGGUCUUGGUUGCUUAAUAUGGGAAGUAUUUAACGGAAAAUUACCAAGAACUUCUUCCUUGAAAGUUAUAGGAAAGGUCCCAAAAUCUCUUGUCCGCCAUUAUUGUGAACUUGUAUCGGCGAACCCUGCCUCUCGACCAAGUCCCGAUAAGUUCUUGGAAAAUUGUAAACAGCCCAACUGUUUCAUGGCAAACUACUUUGUACAAACCAAUCUUUUUCUAGUGGAAAUUCAGAUUAAAGACCCUCACGAGCAGAAUGCUUUCUUUACCGACCUUACAAAACACCUUGACACAUUCCCAAGCGAUUAUUGCAAGUUUAAAAUUCUACCACAGCUACUAAAUGCUUUCCAAUUUGGUAAUGGUGGACCUUCAGUUUUACCCCCUCUCUUCAAGCUUGGAAAAUUAUUGGACAGCACUGAGUACCAGGCUCGUAUUGUGCCGUGCGUUGUCAAACUUUUUACUUCAACUGACCGAGCUACGAGAAUAUUACUUCUCAGACAACUUCCUCUAUUUGCUGAACAUCUUCAACCAGAUGUGGUAAACUCUCAAGUUUUCCCCAACAUGGUAUCUGGUUUCAUGGACACAAAUCCAGCUAUUAGAGAACAAUCUGUAAAGGCGAUGUUACUUCUUGCCCCAAAACUAAACGACAACAAUCUCAACAAUGAGUUGAUGAAGCAUUUUGCCCGUCUCCAGUCACGUGACGACCAGGGACCAAUCAGAACCAACACAACAGUUUGUCUCGGAAAAAUUGUUCCCCACCUUAAUCCUGUUACAAGACAGAAGGUGGUAUCAUCAGCAUUCAUGCGAGCAAUGAAAGAUCCUUUCCCGGCUGCAAGGAUAGCUGGUGUGUUGGCUCUUUGUAAUAAUGUGCAAUUCUUUACUACAGCAGAUGCUGCUAUGAAGGCCCUUCCAGCUUUGUGCAUGCUCACAGUUGACCAAGAUAAACAGGUUCGGGACCACGUCUUUAAAACAAUUCAAGUUUUUAUUGAAAAACUUCAAACAGCAUCUGAUGACCCAGAAGAAGCUGAAAAAAUGAACAGAACAGCAGGCAUGAUCAACACAUCCACCACAGCAAGCACUGGUUGGGCCGGUUGGAUGACAACUGGUGUACGUGGUGUGACAUCUAUAACUUCCAAGCUAUACACUGGAACCAAUAAACCAGAUCCAAAAGCACAGGCUCCGCCUGCUGCCCCUACUCCUGCUCCUCAGAACAUCCCAGAGGAACCUCCUCUUUCAGUGGUUGUUGAGUCCAUUCCUGCUCCUCAAUCUUCCCACCAACAUCCAUACAUGGAGGAUGUAGCUCCGGAUGCAGGGGAAGAUGCUAAUGGGUGGGAGGAUGAAGAAUGGGAUAAUUUUGAGACUGUCCCUCGCAAGCCUACUGUUUCUAAAUCAAAACGAAAAAUUGUGAUGCUUUCUGAGUUGCGCGCCAUGGAAGAAGAAAUAUGGCACGAUUUGCACACAACGAGCACGAAGAUCAGUUCAAGUGAGAAAGCAAGUGUAUCUUCUAGGCAAAGAUCCAGGAAAUCCACCCAUGAGGAAACACCCCAACCUCAAGCAGAUAAUUUUAACUCCUGGGAUCACAAUGAGUGGGGAGAUGUGAAUGAGGAGAAAGAGGAAGAGGAAAAUGUUGCUCCUAAUGACAAUGGGUGGGGAGGAGAGUGGGAGGAUGCUUGGAGCAAUGCAGAAACGAUGGAUAAGAAGAAAAGUCCAAAGUUUAGUUCCAAAGUAAAUAAACCCACAAAGAAGGAUGAACCUACCCCUGCAAGUUCAUACAACUGGUCACAAGAACCAGCAAAAACAACUGAAGAAGACGAUUUUUUCAGUGAAUUUUUAGAAAAACCAAAGAAGACUUUAACUACAAAAAAACCUGCCACACCAAAGCAGCAAAAACCACAAAAACCACUGCCCAAUACAAAAGAAAUAAAAAGUACUGCUGCUAAGCCAAGUGUAGCGAAGACAUCUGAUUGGUCAGCCGAUGGGUGGGGGGAAGAUGGUUGGGAAACUGCGGACGUUAAUGAAGGUUUAACAAAAGCAGAACGUGCGAAACUGGAAAGAGAAGAAAAACGUAAAUUACGACAAAAACAACUUGAAGAAAAAAGGGCUGCUAAAAGUUCCAACAAAUUAGGAUCAAGAAAAUGUGAUUGAUGCAGCUAGUAUUAAUUUUUUGCCAUGGCUUUGUGUUCAGUGGUUAGCCAUACUUCCUGUGCUUUAUUUGUAUUAGGGCAUGUGCAGACCUUCUUACCUGUUCCAUAUACACAGCUUAUUGAAGCAAAUGUUAUUUUCAUAUACGUAACUCAGUAAGGGGGUGUACAAUGUAACAGUUUGGUAUAAUUGGAAUUAUUUAUAAAAUUUUAUCCAAAAACUAGUUAAGAAUUUAUGUUGACGUUUUUUGGAUUACUUGCCUUAAAUAGGUGAUUAAAAAUUUAUAGUACGUUAUUAUCGCAAUGUUAUGAUUAAUCCCCUAUGUCUCUAAUGUUUUUAUUGCUGUAUUUAUUGUGCAAUAAAUGAAAUGUGCACAUUUG